CCUCUCUGAGAACCCAACUCACAUUGCACCUCUUCUUUCCCGGGUAGGAAUGAGACCUAUGUGUGUGGAGCUGGGAUGACCCCAAUAUUCUGAACCGUUUUGCUUUUUUUUGUGGUGGCCCGGGACCUUCUUGGACCAUAUGCGCGCAUUCACGCAUAUCUUCACUCACUCACUUACUCACUCAUUCACUCACGCACACACACACACACACACACACACAAACAAAACACCACACAUCAUAUUCCGCGUCUGCAAACCAACGAACAGCGCAGACAGGUUUUGCUCUGCGAUAGGCUGUCUUGCCGACUACACUCGAGAAGAGUUACGGAGUGUAGUCGACUUAUCCCUACGAUUUUUGGUGUAUGAAAAAAUAAACAUUCUUUAAAGAGGAGCAGUGCAAUCAAUCGUGGAUCUCGGAUAUGGCAGGUGUGAAGACAUUCGACCUUGUUGUUGGAGUUGUUUUAGUUUUUCUGUCUCUUGGAAAUGCGUUUCACGAGCCCGGACAGGACCCGACAAACGGGGACUCCUACUCUUACGUGCUAGGGCAGCCUCUGGCUAAGGAGGACAUGGCGGUUGAUGUGAAGCUGUACAGUCAUCGGUGGAGGAGGUGGCUGUCCCCAGAACAGCCACGUAACAGGGACAGCAACAGGGCCAGCCAGGACCAAGAGCAGGGUCAGGAUCAGGGUCAAGACCAACCUGAUGGGGGUUUCCCAGGCCUGCUCUCAGCAGAGGACAGCCAGGACACUGACAACAGCUCCCAGAUAGAGGAGGACACAGAUCACAACUACUACACAUCGAAGACCUACGGCCCCACGGACCCCAUGAGCAAAGACUUGUGGGUAAACGUUGACCAGAUGGACAAGGACAAGGUGAAGAUCCAUGGCAUCCUGUCCAACACUCACAGGCAAGCUGCGAGAGUAAAUCUUUCCUUCGAUUUUCCCUUCUAUGGACAUUUCCUGCGUGAUCUCACCGUGGCAACUGGUGGGUUCAUCUACACAGGGGACGUGGUCCACAGAAUGCUGACGGCCACCCAGUACAUCGCCCCCCUCAUGGCCAACUUUGACCCGAGUGUCUCCAGGAACUCAACCGUCAUCUACUUCGACAAUGGCACUGCUCUGGUGGUCCAGUGGGAUCAUGUCCACCUGCAAGACAACUACAACCUGGGUAGCUUCACCUUCCAGGCCACACUGCACAGCGACGGCAGGAUUGUCUUCGCCUACAAAGAGAUUCCAAUGGAGGUGGCCCAGAUCAGCUCCGUCAAUCACCCGGUGAAAGUGGGCCUCUCCGAUGCCUUUGUGGUGGUCCACAGGAUCCAGCAGAUACCCAAUGUUCGUCGGAGAACGAUCUAUGAGUACCAUCGUGUGGAGCUGACAAAGACCAAAAUCACCAACUCUACAGCAGUGGAGAUGAUGCCUCUACCGACGUGUCUCCAGUUCACCAGCUGUGACAGCUGCAUCUCCUCCCAGAUCAACUUCAACUGCAGCUGGUGCCACCUCCUUCGCAGGUGUUCCAGUGGGUUUGACCGCCAUCGGCAGGACUGGGUUGAUAACAGCUGUCCUGAUGAGACCAAAGACAAAAGCUGUGAUAUCAUCAGCACCACACAACUCGAUCCAUUCAUCACCACGUUAGUUGCCAAAACAACAGGCCAGAGCAGAAGCCGAGGAGAGACCACCACAGCCGGAGCAUCCUCGUCCACAUCCCGACCCCCAACCAGCGUCCCCACUGAAGAUGACACCAAGAUUGCUCUGCAUCUUAAAGACAAUGGAGCGAUGCCAAAGGAGAGUGCUGCGGAGAGGAAGGACACACACCCACUGCACACCGGCCUGAUCCUGGGCAUUCUCGUGGUCUUGCUCAUUAUGGCAGCCGCAGUCCUGGUCACUGUCUACAUCUACCACCACCCUACAUCAGCCGCAAGCCUCUUCUUCAUCGAGAGACGUCCCAGCAGGUGGCCGGCCAUGAAGUUCCGUCGAGGGUCGGGUCACCCGGCCUACGCGGAGGUGGAGCCCGUGGGCCAGGAGAAGGAGGGCUUUAUUGAGUCUGAGCAGUGCUAAGGGGCAUGCACUGCUCCCCCCCCCAAUGCGACUGAUUGACGCUGGUCUCUUGUUUUGUCGAUUCAAACGCUCACUGUCAAUAUUGUGAAAUGAGAUGAGAAAAUCAUGGUGGUGUCACUUUGAAAUCCCCAUGCUUUUUUUCUGGUGGUCUGAGAGUAAGGCCUUGUGUUUGGUGGACUACCACGGUGAACCUUCAAACCUGGCUUGUUCAACAGAGAGCUGAUCUGAGAGCUGCUGAGGGAGGGUCACUGCCAGAGGGACUGUGCUGUGGGAAAACCUUAAACUGAUCUCAAGUCAGUUCUUCAGUCCAAGCCCAAAGUCUUCGAACACUUCACACUCACGGUGGUGAACGUGACUGACUUCUUGGGGACAGAGUGAACGUAACGGUGUCAUUGAGUGGGUUGUACAGUGUGACUGCCCUACACUGGUGGUGUGUGAUGUGAGGGGGGAGUAGUAGGAAGAAUUAUACAGUAUAUUUUUCAGAAAGAAUACAGAGUAUGUGAACAGAGAUCUUGACUUUAAAUGUUGGUGAGGCUAUAUAGGCCUUUAUAUAUCCUUUGAGGUUUUGCUAAUUUACUGUUCCAUGUUGGGGGUUUUUCUGUUGCUUUUUUAACUGGGGUUUUAUUAUUCCUAAUCAGUGAGGGGAUUGUCUUGCUUUCCACUACCAUAAUAAGGCUUCUUUACCGUAGCUUUGUACUUCAUAGCGUGGUUCAAUAGUGUGAUAUGCUCCUGCUACUGCCCCUCAUCCCACCCAGGAGUAGUAGACUUUUGUUGGUAUCUCUUUUUUUACAUAAAGUUUGUUUCAAUUUUUUAAACGUUUUUUUUUUUUUCAUUGAUUUCAGUACUGCCGUGCCAUUCUUUCCCUGACUGGAGUUUGCUCAACAUUCUUUCCCUGACUGGAGUUUGCUCAACAUUCUUUCCCUGACUGGAGUUUGCUCAACAUACUUUCCCUGACUGGAGUUUGCUCAACAUACUUUCCCUGACUGGAGUUUGCUCAACAUUCUUUGCACAAAGUUUUUCAUGCACAUACAUCUUUAUUUCAUUUGGUACAAUUGCAAAAUUGCGAGACAGGCGCUUUGUGAGUGUGUGUGGUUGUGUGUAUAGAUGGUCUAAACGUGUGUGUGUGUGUGUGUGUGUGUGUGUGUGUGUGUGUGUGUGUGUGUGUGUGUGUGUGUGUGUGUGUGUGUGUGUGUGUGUGUGUGUGUGUGUGUGUGGUUUUUGUGUGAUUGGAUAUCAACCUGCUUGUGGGUGGGUCAGUUUGAGCUGGGUCUGUGUAAUUGAUGCUGAGUGGUUGACCAGAGGUACUUUUACAUAAUUUUAUUAUAAAUUUGGGACAUACCUGGCUUGAGUUUGCCUGGGUUUUGAUUUUAUGUGUACAAUGUGGUUUUCAAGUAGUUUGACCUAAGGGCGUCAAUUGGGUAUGGCAGUCCCCAUACCCUAGCUCAAUACUAACAAUUUAAAAUAGGCUACUAAAAUCAUUCCAAUCCCGAUUUACAAGACAAAUGCAGUUUAGCAGUAUUAGCGGGGUGGCUUUAGGACCAAACAUCCAUCGGAACGGGAUGGUGAACAGCACAACAUUUAUUUUAAAACAGUGUAGAGGUAGAAGAUUGCUGUAGAUGGCUAAGAUGCUAGGUAACUGUCGUUUGACUUGGAAUGAAAUUAGUUUUUAAUCCCACAUCUGAGCUAGGGCAUCGCAGCUAAUUGCUGUAUGACGUGUUUGAGGUAAAUUUAAUUUUUGCUGUUCUCCAAAUAGCAUUUCUUACUUUUUAAAUUGUGUAGAAAUGCAUUAAAUAAGCUUAAAAAUGUAUGAAAAUUGCUUGGAAUCACCCUCUCCCCGUCACUUUGCCUUACCCUAUGUUUGCCAUACCUUAGAGUGGCAGAGAGGUCUAAGUCACUACACACCCUAAUUCGAUCCCAGGCUAUAUCACAACCAUUCAUGAUAGGGAGUCCCAUAGGGUGGCGAACAAUUUGCCCAGCGCCGUCCGGGUUAGGGGAGGGUUUGCCCGGGCUAGGCCGUCAUUGUAAAUAAGAAUUUGUUCUUAACGGAAUUGCCUCGUUAAAUAAAAGAUGUAAAAAGCUGAAAUGAUGACCCUGGUUUGACCUGCUGCUGAAUCGGAUCUUGUACAGGACUGGAAAAUAUGUCUUACUGUUCUAUGGAGUAAGAAAUCUGCCAAAAUGUUAAACGAAUGUAACAUUAGAAUCGUAAAUCACUUUGGGGAGAUUUUUGGCAGAUAUCUAACCCCAUACUGUUCCAGCUCUUGUUCUAUAUUAAUGGAUGUCAUUUAACCCUAGCAUAGCAUAGUGCCUUCACAAAGCAUUCACACGCCUUGACUUUUUCCACAUUUUGUUGUGUUUCAGCCUAAAUUUAAAAUGCAUUAAAUUGAGAUUUUGUGUCACUGGCCUACACACAAUACCCCAUAAUGUCAAAGUUGGAAAUAUGUUUUUCGAAAUGUAAUUACAAAUGAAUUAAAAAUGAAAAGUUGAAAUGUUUUGAGUCAAUAAGUAUUCAACCCCUUUUGUUAUGGCAAGCCUAAAUAAGUUCAGGAGUAAAAAUGUGCUUAACAAGUCAAAUAAUCCGUUGCAUGGACUCACACUUUGUGCAAUAAUAGUAUUUAAUGACUACCUCAUCUCUGUACCCCACACAUACAAUUAUCUGUAAGGUCCUUCAAUCGAGCAGUGAAUUUCAAACACAGAUUCAACCCCAGAGACCAUAGAAGUUUUCCAAUACCUCGCAAAAAAAGAUCACCUAUUGGUAGAUGAAAAAAUUAAAUAAUGUUGAUUAUCCCUUUGAAGUUAUUAAUUACACUUCGGAUGGUGAAUCAAUACACCAGUCACUACAAAGAUACAGGUGUCUUUCCUAAUUCAGAUGCCGGAGAGGAAGGAAACCGCUCAGGGAUUUCACCAUGAGGCCAGUGGUGAUUUUAAAACAGUGUGUGAUAGGAGUGAUAGGAGAAAACUGAGGAUGGAUCAACAACAUUGUAGUUUCUCCACAAUACUAACAUAAAUGACAGAGUGAAAAGAAGGAAGCCUGUACACAAUACAAAUAUAACAAAAUAUAAAAAUAAAGUAAAACUGCAAAAAAUGUGGCAAAUAAAUAAACUUCAUGUCUGUCCUGACUACAAAGCAUUAUGUUUGGGACAAAUCCAACACAUCAAUGAGUACCACUCUCAUAUGUUCAAGCAUGGUGGUGGCUGCAUCAUGUUAUGAGUAUGCUUGUCAUCGACAAGGACAAGGGAGUUUUUUUUAGGAUAAAAAUAAAUGAAAUAGAGCUAAGCACAGGCUGAAUCCUAAAGGAAAACCUGGUUCUGUCUGCUAUCAAACAGACACUGGAAGACAAAUUCACCUUUCAGCAGGACAAUAACCCAAAACAAAAGGCCAAAUAUACUCUGGAGUUGCUUACCAAGACGUAAUUGAAUGAUCCUGAGUGGCUUAGUUAUAGUUUUGUCUUAAAUCGGAUUGAACAUCUAUGGCAAGACUUGAAAAUGACUGUCUAGCAUUGAUGAACAGCAAACUUGACAAAGCUUGAAGAGUGAUGCACAGAAAUGGUACAAUCCCGCUGUAAUCGCUGCCAAAAGGUGAUUCUAACAUAUAUUGACUCAGGGGUGUGAAGUAUAUAGAGUACCAGUCAAAAGUUUGGACACACCUAUUCAUUCAAAAGGUUUAUUUUUUAUUUUACUCUUUUCUACAUAGUAGAAUAAUAGUGAAUACCUCGAAACUAUGAAAUAACACAUAUGGAAUCAUGUAGUAACCAAAAAAAGUGUUAAACAAAUCAAAAUAUAUGUUAUAUUUGAGAUUCUUCAAAAGUAGCCACUCUUUGCCUUGAUGAAAGCUUUCCACACUAUUGGCAUUCUCUCAACCAGCUUUAUGAGGUAGUCACAUGGAAUGCUUUUCAACAGUCUCACAUGCUGAGCACUUGUUCGCUGCUUUUCAUUCAAUCCGCAGUCCAACAUACACACUAUACACACAUAUGCACAUAGAUUUAGUACUGUAGACAUGUGGUAGUGGUGGAGUAGGGGCCUGAAGGCACACAGUAUGUUGUGAAAUCUGUGAAUGUAUUGUAAUGUUUUUAAAAUUGUAUAAACUGCCUUAAUUUUGCUGGAACCCAGGAAGAGUAGCUGCUGCCUUGGCAUUGCAGACCAACUCAUCCUAAACCAUCUCAAUUGGGUUGAGUUCGGAUGAUUGUGGAGGCCAGGCCAUCUGAAGCAGCACUCCGCCACUCUCCUUCUUGGUCAAAUAGCACUUACACAGCCUGGAGGUGUGUUUUGGGUCAUUGUCCUAUUGAAAAACAAAUGAUAGUCCCACUAACACAAACCAGAUGGAAUGCUGUAUUGCUGCAGAAUGCUGUGGUAGCCAUGUUGGUUAGAUUGCCUUCAAUUCUAAAUAAAUCACUGACAGUGUCACCAGAAAAGCACCCCCACACCAUAACACAAACUCCUCCAUGCUUCACGGUGGGAACCACACAUGCGGAGAUCAUCCGUUCACCUACUCUGCGUCUCACAAAGACACGCUGGUUGGAACCACAAAUCUCAAAUUUGCACUCAUCAGACCAAAAGGAUAGAUUUCCACCAGUCUAAUGUCCUUUGCUCGUGUUUCUUGGCCCAAGCAACUCUCUUCUUCUUAUUGAUGUCCUUUAGUAGUGGUUUCUUUGUAGCAAUUCGACCAUGAAGGCCUGAUUCACACAAUCUCCUCUAAACAGUUGAUGUUGAGUUGAGUGAAUGUUACUUGAACUCUGUGAAGCAUUUAUUAGGGCUGCAAUCUGAGGUGUAGUUAAUUGCAGAUUUCUGAGGCUGGUAACUAAUGAAUUUAUCCUCUGCAGCAGAGGUAACUCUGGUACUUCCUUUCCUGUGGCGAUCCUCAUGAGAGCCAGUUUCAUCAUAGCGCUUGAUGGUUUUUGUGACUGCACUUUGAAAGUUUUUAAAACUUUCCAGAUUGACUGACCUUCAUGUCUUAAAGUAAUGAUGGACUGUUGUUUAUAUUUGCUUAUUUGAGCUGUUCUUGUCAUAAUAUGGACUUGGUCUUUUACCAAAUAGAGAAUGCCAAGAGUGUGCAAAGCUGCCAUCAAGGCAAAGGGUGGCUACUUUGAAGAAUGUCAAAUGAAAAAUAUAUUUUAAAUUGUUUAACACUUUUUUGAUUACUACAUGAUUCCAUGUGUUAUUUCAUAGUGUUGAUGUCUUCACUAUUAUUAUACAAUGUAGAAAAUAGUAAGAAUAAAUAAAAACCCUGAAAUUAGUAGGUGUGUCCAAACUUUUGACUAGUACUGUAUGUAAAUGUGAUAUUUCUGUCAUUCGUUUUCAAUAAAUUUGCUAAAGUUUCUAAAACAUGUUUUUACAUUGUCAUUAUGGGGUAUGUGUGUAGCUGCGUGAGAGAGAAAAAACAUUAUUUAAAGCAUUUUGAAUUUAGGCUGUAACUACAAAAUGUGGAAUAAGUCAAGGGGUAUGGAUACUUUCUGAAGGCCCUGUAUAAACAGGGGCUUAAACCUUUGUAGAUUGCCUCAAAACAUGUACAGAUUCAGGUUAUGAAUGAAAAAUCUUGCAUAUUACAUGUUAGAUUAUUACUAUUUUGUCUUUCUUUUUGAGUGGCCUCUUUUUUAUUCAAAUGUGAAAUAAUGAAUCAAUCAUUACAUACAGUGCUUUGCGAAAGUAUUCUGCCCCCUUGAACUUUGCGACCUUUUGCCACAUUUCAGGCUUCAAACAUAAAGAUAUAAAACUGUAUUUUUUUGUGAAGAAUCAACAACAAGUGGGACACAAUCAUGAAGUGGAACAACAUUUAUUGGAUAUGUCAAACUUUUUUAACAAAUAAAAAACUGAAAAAUUGGGCGUGCAAAAUUAUUCAGCCCCCUUAAGUUAAUACUUUGUAGCGCCACCUUUUGCUGCGAUUACAGCUGUAAGUCGCUUGGGGUAUGUCUCUAUCAGUUUUGCACAUCGAGAGACUGAAAUUUUUUCCCAUUCCUCCUUGCAAAACAGCUCGAGCUCAGUGAGGUUGGAUGGAGAGCAUUUGUGAACAGCAGUUUUCAGUUCUUUCCACAGAUUCUCGAUUGGAUUCAGGUCUGGACUUUGACUUGGCCAUUCUAACACCUGGAUAUGUUUAUUUUUGAACCAUUCCAUUGUAGAUUUUGCUUUAUGUUUUGGAUCAUUGUCUUGUUGGAAGACAAAUCUCCGUCCCAGUCUCAGGUCUUUUGCAGACUCCAUCAGGUUUUCCAGAAUGGUCCUGUAUUUGGCUCCAUCCAUCUUCCCAUCAAUUUUAACCAUCUUCCCUGUCCCUGCUGAAGAAAAGCAGGCCCAAACCAUGAUGCUGCCACCACCAUGUUUGACAGUGGUUAUAGGUGUUCAGGGUUAUGAGCUGUGUUGCUUUUACGCCAAACAUAACGUUUUGCAUUGUUGCCAAAAAGUUCAAUUUUGGUUUCAUCUGACCAGAGCACCUUCUUCCACAUGUUUGGUGUGUCUCCCAGGUGGCUUGUGGCAAACUUUAAACGACACUUUUUAUGGAUAUCUUUAAGAAAUGGCUUUCUUCUUGCCACUCUUCCAUAAAGGCCAGAUUUGUGCAAUAUACGACUGAUUGUUGUCCUAUGGACAGAGUCUCCCACCUCAGCUGUAGAUCUCUGCAGUUCAUCCAGAGUGAUCAUGGGCCUCUUGGCUGCAUCUCUGAUCAGUCUUCUCCUUGUAUGAGCUGAAAGUUUAGAGGGAUGGCCAGGUCUUGGUAGAUUUGCAGUGGUCUGAUACUCCUUCCAUUUCAAUAUUAUCGCUUGCACAGUGCUACUUGGGAUGUUUAAAGCUUGGGAAAUCUUUUUGUAUCCAAAUCCGGCUUUAAACUUCUUCACAACAGUAUCUCGGACCUGCCUGGUGUGUUCCUUGUUCUUCAUGAUGCUCUCUGCGCUUUUAAUGGACCUCUGAGACUAUCACAGUGCAGGUGCAUUUAUACGGAGACUUGACUACACACAGGUGGAUUGUAUUUAUCAUCAUUAGUCAUUUAGGUCAACAUUGGAUCAUUCAGAGAUCCUCACUGAACUUCUGGAGAGAGUUUGCUGCACUGAAAGUAAAGGGGCUGAAUAAUUUUGCACCCCCAAUUUUUCAGUUUUUGAUUUGUUAAAAAAGAAAUAUCCAAUAAAUGUCGUUCCACUUCAUGAUUGUGUUCCACUUGUUGUUGAUUCUUCACAAAAAAAAUAGUUUUAUAUCUUUGUUUGAAGCCUGAAAUGUGGCAAAAGGUCACAAAGUUCAAUGGGGCCGAAUACUUUCGCAAAGCACUGUAUGUGCUGUUGCUGAUCGAUAUACAGGACAAGGCUUUCACGCAUUGAUCAAAUCAAACAAAAACAAUUUUGUUGUUGCUUCAUACUUAUGAUUUACAGUACCAGUCAAAAGUUUGGACACACCUACUCAUUCAAGAGGUUUUUGUUAUUUUUACUAUUUUCUACAUUGUGGAAGAAUAGUGAAAACAUCAAAACUAUGAAAUAACACAUAUGGAAUCAUGUAGUAACCAAGAGAGUUUCAAACUAAUCAAAAUACAGUUGAAGUUGGAAGUUUACAUAGAGUUAGGUUUGAGUCAUUAAAAUCUCUUAAGGAUUAGCCCCUUUUUUUCAAUGUUCACCUAAAAUGACAAAUCUAACUGCCUGUGGCUCAGAACCUGAAGCAUGGACAUGCAUAUUCCUGGUACCAUUUGAAAACAAACACUUGGAUGUUUAUGGAAAUGUGAAAGGGAUGUAGUAGAAUAUAACACAAUAGAUCUUGUAAAAGACAAUACAAAAGAAAAAAACUAACCGUUCUUUUGUAUUGUUUUGUACCAUCAUCUUUGAAAUGCAAGAGAAAGGCCAUAAUGUAUUAUUCCAGCCCAGGUGCAAUUUAGAUUUUGACCAGUAGAUGGCAUCAGUGCAUGUGAAAAGUUUGACUGAUCCAAUGAACCAUUUACUUUCUGUUCAAAAUGUUGUAUCAGGACUGCCCAAAUGGGACUAAUUUGUUUAUUAAAUAACUUUUCAUGUUCAAAAUUGUGCACUCCUCAAACAAUAGAAAGGUAUUUUUUCACUGUAACAGCUUGUGUAAAUUGGACAGUGCAGUUAGAUGAACAAGAAUUUAAGCUUUCUGACAAUAUCAGAUAUGUCUAUGUCCUGGGUCAUUUUCUUGUUACUUACAACCUCAUGCAAUCACAUUAGCCUACGUUAGCUCAACCGUCCCUGGGAAGGGACACCGAUCCCAAGAAAGUUAAUUAACACUCAUUUUUCAACCACUCCACAAAUUUCUUGUUAACAAACUAUAGUUUUGGCAAGUUGGUUAGGACAUCUACUUUGUGCAUGACAAGUAAUUUUUCGAACAAUUGUUUACAGACAGAUUAUUUCACUCAUAAUUCACUGUAUCACAAUUCCAGUGGGUCAGACGUUUACAUACACUAAGUUGACUGUUCCUUUAAACAGCUUGGACAAUUCUAGAAAAAGAUGCCAUGGCUUUAGCUUUUCUUAUAGGCUAUUUGACAUCAUUUGAGUCAAUUGGAGGUGUACCUGUGGAUGUAUUUCAUGGCCUACCUUCAAACUUAGUGCCUCUUUGCUUGACAUCAUGGGAAAAUAAAAAGAAAUCAGCCAAGACCUCGGAAAAAAAUUGUACAACUCCACAAGUCUGGUUCAUCCUUGGGAGUAAUGCUACCAAAUACUAAUUGAGUGUAUGUAAACUUCGGAUCCACUGGGAAUAUGAUGAAAUAAAUAAAACCUGAAAUAAAUCAUUCUCUCUACUAUUAUUCUGACAUUUCACAUUCAUUAAAUAAAGUGGUGAUCCUAACUGACUUAGGACUGGGAAUUCUUACUAGGAUUAAAUGUCAGGAAUUGUGAAAAACUGAGUUUUAAUGUAUUUGGCUAAGGUGUAUGUAAACUUCCAACUUCAACUUCAACUGUGUCUUCACUGCAUAUUUUAGAUUCUUCAAAGUGGCCACCCUUUGCCUUCAUGAAAGCUUUGCACACUCUUGGCAUUCUCUCAACCAGCUUCAUGAGGAAUGCUUUUCCAUCAGUCUUGAAGGAGUUCCCACAUAUGCUGAGCACUUGUUGGCUGCUUUUCCUUCACUGCAGUCCAACUCAUCCUAAACCAUCUCAACUGGGUUGAGGUCGGGUGUUGUGGAGGCCAGCUCAUCUGAUACAGCACUCCAUCACUCUCCUUGGUCAAAUAGCCCUUACAUAGCCCGGAGAUGUGUUUCUGGUCAUUGUCCAAAUGAUAGUCCCACGAAGUGCAAACCAGGUGGGAUGCCGUAUCGCCGCAGAAUGCUGUGGUAGCCAUGCUGGUUAAGUGUGCCUUGAAUUCUAAAUCAAUCACUGACAGUGCCACCAGAAAAGCAUCCCCACACCAUCACACCUCCUCCUCCAUGCUACACGGUGGGAACCACACAUGCAGAGAUCAUCUGUUCAUCUACUCUGCGUCUCACAAAGACACAGCGGUUGGAACUAAAAAUCGCAAAUUUGGACUCAUCAGACCAAAUGACAGAUUUCCACCAGUCUAAUGUCCACUGCUCAUGUUUCUCGGCCCAAGCAACUCUCUUCUUCUUAUUGGUGUCCUUUAGUAGUGGUUUCUUUGCAGCAAAUCGACCAUGAAGGCCUGAUUCACUCAGUCUCCCCUGAACAGUUGCUGUUGAGAUGUGUCUGCUACUUGAACUCUGUGAAGCAUUUAUUUGGGCUGCAAUCUGAGGUGCAGUUAACUCUAAUGAACGUAUCCUUUGCAACAGAGGUCCUCAUGAGAGCCAGUUUCAUCAUAGCGCUGGAUGGUUUUUGCGACUUGAAGAAACUUUCAAAGUUCUUGAAAUGUUCUAGAUUGACUUUCUCUUGUUUUAUUACCAAAUAGGACUAUCUUCUGUAUGCCACCCCUACCUUGUCACAACAAGGCUCAAACGCAUUAAGAAGGAAAUAAAUUCCACAAAUUAACUUUUAACAAGGCACACCUGUUAAUUGAAAUGCAUUCCAGGUGACUACCUCAUUAAGCUGGCUGAGAGAAUGCCAAGAGUGUGCAAAGCUGUAAUCAAGGCAGUGUGGCUAUUUUGAAGAAUCUCAAAUAUAUUUUGAUUUGUUUAACACUUUUUUGGUUACUACAUGAUUCCAUAUGUGUUAUUUAAUAGUUUUGAUGCCUUCACUAUUAUUCUACAAUGUAUAAAAUAAGAAAAAUUAAGAAAAAUCCUGGAAGGAGUACGUGUGUCCAAACCUUUGACUGGUACUGUAUAUACUAUACCAAGACCAACCUAACAAACAAAAUUAAAUGUAUUUCAACAUAAGUUGUAGAUUGAUCUGAGAAAUAUGCCUUGGGUUACAAUAGUAAACACUGUACUAUUUACAAUUACAAAGAAGUGGAUUCUACAGAAAAUUAUCUCAAUGUGCAAUAUAACAUUCAUCUAGUUUCAUUAUGCAUUUCUCUAAGGUUUAGUGAUAUCAUAGAUGGAAUUAUUUAGGGUUACGUCAUCUAUUUUGAAUGAAUCCCCCAUUGCACUGAGACCAAAGACGCAUCACAAUGUUUAUUUUGUCUGCAUGCUAAAAUAUUCUCUACCCUGUACCGUGAGAGCUUCUCUGGGUCCCAAUGUUCCCAAUCUCUCACUCCACUCCCCACCAGCCAAAUGAUAUCCCACCACUUAACGUUGAACGAAACCACUGCAUCUCCUAUGGCAGUCACCACUUUGAACACACCACCCCAGACCUAUAUUCACUCAGACAAACACAUAGAGACACACGUAGAUACACGCAGAGAAACGCGCACGCACACACACGUAGACACAUGCAGAGAAAUGCACACACACACACACACACACACACACACACACACACACACACACACACACACACACACACACACACACACACACACACACACACACACACACACACACACACACACACACACACACACUCCAGAACUCAACCCCUGCUUUAUUCAUAACUAGUCCAAUCUACAGAGGUUGAGUGACUGAGCACAGCGACCCACUACUCCACUCUACUGAACAUUACUGUAGGACCCAAGGGCUUUCAAGCCUCCUGCACAAGAGAGCCCUUUCAUGACGCCCUAUAAUAUCAGAUUAUUUUCCAAAAUGGUGUUAAAGAGCAGAUGGGACGGAGUAUUUGGUGACAACCCCAAAAUGGCUUUUCCAUGCCUACAGACAUCUUCAUCUAAGUCACACAUGUUACCCUAUUCUCUACAUAGUACACUAUAUAGGGAAAAGGUUGUCAUUCAGUAGGCCUGAGCGUUCAGUCUAUGUUACACAGAGUGAUUGCAACACUUUCAAACUAGCUGGUCUGUGAUAAGAAAGCUAUUUGUGUUUAUCCAGUAAUCACUUGCAUCACUAAUCUCACACUGAUUGCUUUCACCCAACUUGCUCUUGACAUGCUUUUUUAGAUUGAGAAAAGCAACAUUGUGCUGUUGUUGAGAUAGGGUGCACUGUACUGCAGAGUGCUGUUACUCUUUUUUCCAGACAAAUGAGGUGAAACGAACGAUGUAACUCAACAGUGAUUGCCUGAUCUAAAAAUAGAGGGCAGAGGAUUCAAAUUUCUUCUAAACUAUUACCCUAUGUUUUGUUCCGAUCUGAUUGGAGAAUUCUUUAGGAAACGAUGACUUAGACAUUAGAGCCUAAAAAAAAUAAUCACACAAUACCCUAGCAGCCUGUCAUUUCUGUAACUACUGUCAUUUUGAUUGCAUUUUAAAUAAUAAAGUUCUUUAAAUCACA